AUGGCGGCGCCGGGGACGGAGGCGGCGGCGGGGCCGGGCCCGGGCCCGGGGCAGGUCCCCAGCAGCACCGGCGGUUCCGGCUCUGGUUCCGGUUCCGGUUCCGGCAGCUCGGGGCUGGCGGAGGCCGAGAGCCCCCGGGGGCCGCAGCCGGCACCGAACGCGUGGCAGGUGAUCAAGGGAGUCCUGAUCCGGAUUUUCAUCAUCUGGGCCAUCUCCAGCUGGUUCCGGAGGGGGGCGGCGCCGCAGGAGCCAAACGGGGCCGGGGGCAGCGGCCGGAGCCCCAGCAGGAACCUGUUCCCAAAGGAUACCCUGAUGGACCUGCACGUUUACAUCUCGGAGCACGAGCACUUCACCGACUUCAACCUCAGCUCCGCCCUGUUCUGGGAAAAGCGGGAUCUGGUCUACGGAGACUGGACCAGCGGGGAGAACUCCGACGGAUGCUACGAGCACUUCGGGGAGGUGGACAUCUCCCAGGAAUCCGCCCCAUUCCCACCUGGAAUUCCUGGAAUUCCCAAUUUCCCCGGCCCCAAAUCCCUCGGGGUCGGCCCACGUUUCCCCAUUCCCACCUGGAAUUCCCACAUUCCUUCAAAUUUUACGGGAUAA